AUGCGUGCGCCUCCCCCUGGCGAAAUCGCCAUGGCGAUAGAGUUCGGCAGCAGGCAGCGACUGCGGUGGAGUGUGGUGAGACCUGGUGUAAAUGAGUUUUCUCUCUCCCAGCAUGGAGGUGCCAGCGACACUGUGUUCACCUGUCUUCUCAACCUACUAGAGGCUCUCUGUCUAACUCUAACUACACUCAUCAUCUAGCUUCCCCAUAGAGACGGCUUAGAGACCGCUAGAGACUCUCUCCAAAAAUAUGUCUGGAAAAUGGCCGUCAAUCAAUGUUUUUUCCCCCCCUUUAGUAUUUUUAGAUCAUAACAUUUAAAUGGACAUAUGUUGUCAUAUUGUGGAUAGGUUGCAGCUCAAAUGUGAAAACAUGGCAUUACUGCUGCUACACAUUGGCUUGGCUCAGGAACUGUCAUAGGAUAGGUUAUAAUGUAGAUUUUGAAUUCCCUCUGUCUCCACCCCAUCCCCCUCUCUCACUCUCUCUCUCUCAUUGAAUUGGGUGUAGGUCAUCUCCGUGAGGUGUCAUUCAGCCUGUGUACCUGGUUGCUGACCUCAUCAGUAGGGUUUCUGCUCUGCUCCCCUACUGUAGCUGCUAUGAUGUGAUCCACUGACUACACUUUCUCUCUCUCUCUCCCUCUCUCUCUCUCUCUCUCAAUUCAAUUUCAAUUUCAAUUCAGUUUAAGGGCUUUAUUGGCAUGGGAAACGUGUGUUAACAUUGCCAGAGCAAGUGAAGUAGAUAGUAAACAAAAGUGAAAUAAACAAUAAAUAUUAACAGUAAACAUUACACUCAGAAGUUUCAAAAGAAUAAAGACAUUUCAAAUGUCAUAGUAUGUAUAUAUACAGUGUUGUAACAAUGUGCAAAUAGUUAAAGUACAAAUGGGAAAAUAAAUAAACAUAAAUAUGGGUUGUAUUUACAAUGGUGUUUGUUCUUCACUGGUUGCCCUUUUCUUGUGGCAACAGGUCACAAAUCUUGCAGCUGUGAUGGCACGCUGUGGUUUUUCACCCAGUAGAUAAGGGAGUUUAUCAAAAUUGGGUUUGUUUUCGAAUUCUUUGUGGAUCGCUGUAAUCUGAGGGAAAUAUGUGUCUCUAAUAUGGUCAUACAUUUGGCAGGAGGUUAGGAAGUGCAGCUCAGUUUCUACCUCAUUUUGUGGGCAGUGUGCACAUAGCCUGUCUUCUCUUGAGAGCCAGGUCUGCCUACGGCGGCCUUUCUCAAUAGCAAGGCUAUGCUCACUAAGUCUGUACAUAGUCAAAGCUUUCCUUAAGUUUGGGUCAGUCACAGUGGUCAGGUAUUCUGCCACUGUGUACUCUCUGUUUAGGGCCAAAUAGCAUUCUAGUUUGCUCUGUUUUUUUGUUUGUUCUUUCCAAUGUGUCAAGUAAUUCUCUUUUUGUUUUCUCAUGAUUUGGUUGGGUCUAGUUGUGUUGUUGUUGUUGUUGUCCUGGGGCUGUGUGGGGUCUCUCUCUCUCUCUCUCUAUCUCUCUCUCUCUCUCCCUCUCUCUCUCUCUCUCUAUCUCUCUCUCUCUCUCUCUCUCUCUCUCCAUCUCUCCUUCUUUCUCUCUCUCCCUGUUUCGCUCCCUCUCUCUCUGUUCUCUGUCUCUCUGAAAUGCAAUGUGAGGGUUAGAGGUGAGGGUUAGAGGGCGUCAGAAUAAAUAAGAUCUAAUUCCCCUGCAGGGUCUCACUUGUGUUCAGUAUUGACCCAAAAUAUGUUUUUUUGACCCUACACACACACACUCAUAUGCUAAACAAACAGGCUCUCUCACAGACAUACAAGCACACAUGCACACACACACACAGUCUUGUAUAACUAACCUUUUGGGGACACACAAUUCUGUUCCAUUCAAAAUCUUAUUUUCCCUAACCCCUAAUCCCUUACCCUGACCUUAACCCCAAAACCUAACCUUAACCUAACCCUAAACCUAACCCUAGCUCUUAACCCUUACCCUAAAACUAACUCUAGCUCCUAGCCCUAACCAUAUACCAAAUUCUAAACCUAACACUAACCUUAACUCUAAACCCCCUAGAAAUAGCAUUUGUCCUUGUGGGGAUGUUAACAAAAUAUCCCCAGUUGGUCGAAGUUUUGUUCGUUUAAUAUUAUUGUGGGGACUUCUGGUCCCCACAAGUAUAGUUAAACACAUCCAUACACACAGGCACACACACACAGGCCCACAAAUGCCCACUACCACACAAUCCCCCACCAACACAAGGAAUCAGCCUUCAUUUCUCCUCCUCAUGCUCCAGAUGAUAAUGGUAGUGUCUUGAAUCCUAUCGCCUCAUUCGCCUCCUUCUCCCGCUCAUCCUCCAGUACUGAGCCUUGUGAUACUUGUUAAACAAAUCCCUGUCUCUUUCUCUCUUUCUCCCGUCACCUGGCGAGGACCUGGGCUUCAUGCUCUGGAGAGAUAACAGAUUAUAGUACCAGCUCACGCAUUAAUAACCCACUAACCAACACACACACACACACACACACACACACACACACACACACACACACACACACACACACACACACACACACACACACACACUCACACUCCUAAUGACAGACAGAAGCUUCGUUUUACAUGUUUUACUUUAUGUAUUUAUGCAUUCUGCUCCUCUGAAUAAUCUAUUGAGGUUGGUUUGUUGUUUUUCUUACGCAAUGCGAAAAAUAACAUUGGAUAUAGAAAGAAAAGCUGGGAGUCAAUGGUACACUUUAUAUCAGGAGGAAAUUACAAUAGUGACAAUAGUGAAAACAAUCCUAUUUGUUUGUGGCACGGUUUGGGUGUGAACGUGCUUGUCUGGGAGUGUGUGUGGGCGUCGAGACAAAGCAGGAAUCAGUAAAAUGCCCAUAAUUAUAAGGGGGUAGUCAUAAUCAUCUCCUAUGCCAUGCGUAUGGGUUAGGGUUGAUUGAUAGGAUAAUGGAUGCCGGUAGGGUAAUGAUGGUAACCCAUCCUCACCUCUUUCUAUCUAUGUAUUUCUCUCUCCAUCUUUCUCUUUCUCUCUCUCUCUCUUCCUCCUUCCUGCUAGUGAGAUGUGGAAGCAUAGUGGUUGGAGGAUACUAUUUCUUAUCCCCAACCACCUCUUUGUAACUCUCUCUCUUUGUCCUUAAAACUUUCCUCACUCCUUACUCUCCCUCUCAUUUGUCCUCUCUCUCAUUUGUUCCUCCCUCUCUCUCUAUCUGUAUUUCAUCCUCAUCUCCUCUUUCUAGCAAUCCCCUCAUCCUCCUCACAGUAAUCUCCCCCUCUGCCUCCCCCACUCCUCCUCCUCCUCCUCCCCCUGUCUCUGUCAGGUUAAUACUGUCUGUGAGAUAGCCACACUCCCAGCUCCUUGCAUGCAGUAGUCUUAGGCGAGACAGAGACCAAAACGCUCCUGAUCCGUCUCCCUCGCCUCCUAAAACCACCUUCUCCCCAACCUGUAAUAGCACUGGAAGCUUGAGUCCUCAAAAUACACAAAGUCCCCGCAAUCCCCUUAGUAUGCUGUGUCUGUCCCCUCCUCUGUUUACAGUUCAAGCAAUAACCAGACCAUAAUGGAUAGAGAUGGAGACAGAUAUCAACACUUAUUUGCAUUUAUUAGGCCCGCCAUUAUAGGAACUCGGGCUUCCUGUUUACCUGAUCAUUUUUUGCCACACCGGGUUUUAUGAUGUAUUCACCGCUAUCUCCUCGCUCCCCUCCUCUGUCUGGUCACAAAAUGAAGUGGCUUAUAAAAACUACGGCUGAUAGAAUUCUUGUCAUGUUGAAAAGGCACUAUAUUACAGGGCUGAAGUGAGUGUAGAUUUAAGAGGUUUAUCUGCUGCGUGUGUGUGUGUGUGUGACAGAGACUAGAGUUAUUAGCCUUCAACAACAUUACUUUUAGGGUGUCUGUGCAUGCAAAAAACAUGCGUGAAUGUGUAUGUGUGAGUCAGAGACCUACAAUUAUUCGACUUUAACUUUUAAAAAUGUUCAAAAACUUGUAGCAUAUUGUUCACAGUGACUGUUACUCAUUAAAACCCCUUAAUACCAUAUGCCAGUUCAGCGCAUUGAACUCUCCAGCACACAUUACUGCCCAUUGUUUUGGGUCAUCAUCUCAGUUAAAAAUGUCUAAUGCUAAAUGAUGAUACAAUGGAGCUUCAAUGCCCCGCAAUUACCAGUUAGCAGUUAGCCUAUCUACUCUCUAGAAGAGAACAUAUCUGGAGUGUUACAGAUACCAAUGGUGAACCUCAGAACCCCACCCCAUCCUCACAUAAAGACAAAUCCAGACAUUUUAAUCCUGUCUGGUCUUCCCAUGUAAAGGGAAGAAAUAAUCUGCCUAUCUUUCUUAAAGGAGCAUCCCACCCCCCAACCACAAAUAUCCAUACAAGCGUGGAGACUCUUCUGUCAACAGGCAGGAGAAGAUUGCCCAAAACCCCAGCCUUUGAGUGCAAACAGGAGUCCCUCUGUAUAGUGAAGAUUUUGUGGCUGAUUUUCCAGACUCAAGGGUAACACUAAAGCAUGUAAAAGAGAGAGACAGCUGCAGUCAAAUAAGCUCUUUGAAGAACUACAUCAAACGGGCAAAUCAUCUCCCAGCUAUUGGGCGGACUGCAGCGGUACAGGGAGGACGUGAGGGCGAGAUGGAGGCGAGGGGCGAUGCUUUGUGGUUGGUCUGCUCCAUGUGUCUGUGGUAGGGUGGCCGAGUGGAUGUGCUGGGUAGGGGGGGCUUUUUUCUCCAUUGUCUCUACCUCUCUCUGUCUGUCUCCAUCACUUGCUCUCUCUCUUAUCUUUCUUUCUCUUUGUCUAGCUCCUCUCCUGCUUGGGGUUAUAUAUACACAUUAUAUAUACAUUAAAGGAUAAUACAUUAGAGGAUUCUGCAAAUCAGCUGUGCUAGACAAUGCUUUCUUUCUAAAAAUUAGCCGCCGAAAUUGUCGCAACCCCUAUUACUAGCCUGUUCAACCUCUCUUUCCUAUCGUCUGAGAUCCCCAGAGAUUGGAAGCUGCCGCGGUCAUCCCCCUCUUCAAAGGGGGUGACACUCUAGAUCCAAACUGUUACAGACCUAUAUCCAUCCUGCCCUGCCUUUCGAAAGUAUUUGAAAGCCAAGUUAACAAACAGAUCACCGACCAUUUCGAAUCCCACCAUACCUUCUCCGCUAUGCGAUCUGGUUUCCGAGCUGGUCAUGGGUGCACCUCAGCCACGCUCAAGGUCCUAAACGAUAUAAUAACCGCGAUCGAUAAAAGACAGUACUGUGCAGCCGUCUUUAUCGACCUGGCCAAGGCUUUUGACUCAUUCUUAUUGGCAGACUAAAUAGCCUUGGUUUCUCAAAUGACUGCCUCGCCUGGUUAACCAACUACUUCUCAGAUAGAGUUCAAUGUGUCAAAUCGGAGGGCCUGUUGUCUGGACCUCUGGCAGUCUCUAUGGGGGUGCCACAGGGUUCAAUUCUCGGGCCGACUCUAUUCUCUGUGUAUAUCAAUGAUGUCGCUCUUGCUGCUGGUGACUCUCAGAUCCACCUCUACGCAGACGACACCAUUUUGUAUACAUCUGGCCCUUCAUUGGACACUGUGUUAACAAACCUCCAAACAAGCUUCAAUGCCAGACAACACUCCUUCCGUGGCCUCCAACUGCUCUUAAACGCUAGUAAAACUAAAUGCAUGCUCUUCAAUCAAACGCUGCUUGCACCCGCCCACCCGACUAGAAUCACUACUCUCGGCGGGUCUGACUUAGAAUACUACAAAUACCUAGGUGUCUGGUUAGACCGUAAACUCUCCUUCCAGACUCACAUUAAGCAUCUCCAAUCCAAAGUGAAAUCUAGAAUCGGCUUCCUAUUUCGUAACAAAGCCUCCUUCACUCAUGCUGCUAAACAUGCCCUUGUAAAACUGACUAUCCUACCGAUGCUUGACUUCGGCGAUGUCAUUUACAAAAUAGCUUCCAACACUCUACUCAGCAAAUUGGAUGUAGUCUAUCACAGUGCCAUCCGUUUUGUCACCAAAGCCCCAUAUACUACCCACCAUUGUGACCUGUACGCUCUCGUUGGCUGGCCCUCACUACAUAUUCGUCGCCAAACCCACUGGCUCCAGGUCAUCUAUAAAUCCCCGCCUUAUCUUAGCUCAUUGGUCACCAUAGCAACACCCACCCGUAGUAUGCGUUCCAGCAGUUAUAUCUCACUGGUUCCCCAAAGCCAACACCUCCUUUGGCCGCCAUUCCUUCCAGUUCUCUGCUGCAAAUGACUGGAACGAACUGCAAAAAUCUCCCGCACUAUCUUUAAGCAUCAGUUGUCAGAGCAUCUUACCGAUCACUGCACCUGUACACAGCCCAUCUGUAAUUAGCCCACUCAACUACCUCAUCCCCAUAUUGUUAUUUACAUUUUUUUUUUUGCUCAUUUGCACCCCAGUAUCUCUAUUUGCACAUCAUCUUCUGCACAUCUAUCACUCCAGUGUUAAUACUAAAUUGUAAUUAUUUUGCACUAUGGCCUAUUUAUUGCCUUACCUCCAUAAGUUACUACAUUUGCACACACUGUAUAUAGAUUUUCUAUUGUGUUAUUGACUGUACGUUUUGUUUAUUCCAUAUGUAACUCUGUGUUUGUUGUUUUUAUCGCACUGCUUUGCUUUAUCUUGGCCAGGUCGCAGUUGUAAAUGAGAACUUGUUCUCAACUGUCUUACCUGCUUAAAUAAAGGUGAAAAAAAUUAAUAAAAAAAAUUAUAAUAUUGAUUAGCCAAAUCCCCCUCCUUUCCCCUACAACUAUCACCACCACCACGACAGGGAAGCCUGUUCCGCCACACGUAUCUGGGCCGCGUCCCGCCAAGCAGAGCUGUCACCCCCACACUGCGCUGGCUGACAGCUCCCCAAUCCUAAUGAAGCGUUAAUAAACCCAGUUCAAAACACUGUGUCACAGGGAGAAGCAAGGCACACACACAUAAAGGCCCGCAAAGACUGCCUGCCUCCCUGCCUGUGAGAUAACUCACACCCUCCUCUCUUUGUUGGCCAUCCUCUCCUCUCUGCCUGUUUUAUACUAUAUAUUCUCUGUUAGGGUUUUUGUAGUGCAGGGUUGUGUUCUCCUCCUGCUCCACACUACUACUACCAUGUCUUCUUCUUCAGCUAAAGUGAAUGUUUCAGCAUUGCGGUAUUCCUUUCCUUUACUACCUGUAUUCCUCUUGUUAUUAUCCCAAGCCUAACCUUGCUGGUGUCUACCACUUCAGUACCGCCUUGCGGCUCAGGGAGACGGGCUAAUUGGCAGUGAGGAGCAUUCUAAUUUAGAAGGUAGCUCGGUGACUUUUCAUCUUCCUACUUCUCCGGCCUUUCAAAUGAUAAUAAUGUGAAAAUGCAGGCAGGAAGUCCCUGAAGUUUUUUGCCGGCGCGUUCUGCUUGUUACACCGGUCACAUUCGCCGAGGCAAUUUGCCUCCUUGUCUGAGUCUGAGAGGGAAAGCUUAUCUGUGCUAACGCCGCCGCAGUGGCGAAGUGCGAUGCUCAGAAACUGGACGGAUCCGUUAGCAUUCAAAUCAAAGCGACCCCCUCUGUUCUUUCUUGCCCUUCCUUCCUUGCCUGUCAAGGUGCCUGCUAUGGCAAAGAAAAACUACCUCAGACUAUUAUUAUUGAAUGUGUUCGAGAAGAGACGAGGAGAAUUCUGUUGACUGUCACAAAGAAAACAGAGGCACGCUGGGAAAUGGCGAGGACGAGCCGUUGGCUGCAGGCUGAAGGCGGUGGCUUAACACGUAUAAUUUCACGGUGGCCCAUAAACCCGAGUGACAAUGUGCUUCCAUUGCUAGGCAAACCAUGUCCUCCUAUUGUGUUUUCAUCCUCCAUGGUGUCACCCAACAAACAAUGGUACAUCAAAGACAGUGUGGUUCUUUGGCUUCUGUUAGGAUAUAUUGAAUAAGGACGAAGGGGAAGCAAACCAAUGUCAGCAUAAAUCCUUCACUACAGUUGGUAGUGGUGUCGAUUGGUUUCAUGGUUGAAUGAUUUAAAAUGGCUUAGUAUCCGUUUCAGUCACAGAGGUGUGUCAAUGCCUCAGUUGAAUUUGUAUUGAUAAUCUAUACAUGAAAUACUAAAUAAAGUCUUCCCUCGUUCCCAGGGCCAUACAUAAAAUGUAUGCUCGCAUGACGGUUAGUCACUUUGGAUAAAAGCGUCUGUUAAAUGUCCUAUAUUAUUAUUACUUACACUGACCUUUUGGUUUGCUGUACGUCUUCUUUUCGUUAGUCAAUUCACCAUUUUAUGACCCAUGUUUUCAGCUCGUAAUAAUUUGGCUAGUCUUUCUGAGGUUAGAGCAAUACCGAGAUUGAUUUUAUGUGGUAGUUUAAUGGUGCACUGUUCUGGGCCUGCAUCUACAGUAGAAGACCUUUACUAAUCUUUUGGUUGAUAUUAACUGUCACCAGUUGUCCAGCUCCACUUGCAGUAUUGCACUGAAAUCGAACUGAAACAAAGACACAUUCGUUAGCGACACCACUCAGCCGUGUCUUAAAGCGUUUUGAAGACGAGAGCGGCAGAAAGAGAAAUGUGUCAAGAUUUGAGAAUGAGCGAGAGAUAUGUGUGAGGCUUUGAUCCGAAGACACACAAAAGCACUUCUCUUCCCCAGUCUCUCCUAGCCUGACGACUCACACUAAAUUAUUCUGCUGCUCUGUCUACAUACAGUGCAUUCGGAAAAACGUUUCUAUCUACACACAAAUCCCAUAAUGACAAAGCGAAAACAGGAUUUUAGAAAUUUUAGCAAAUCUAUAAAAAAAAUUAAAACAGAAAUACCUUAUUUACAUAAGUAUUCAGAUCCGAAAUUGAGCUCAGGUGCAUCCUGUUUCCAUUGAUCAUCCUUGAGAUGUUUCUACAACUUGAUUGGAGUCCACCUGUGGUAAAUUCAUUUCAUUGGACAUUAUUUGGAAAGGCACAUACCUGUCUAGAUAAGGUCCCACAGUUGACAGUGCAUGUCAGAGCAAAAACCAAGCCAUGAGGUCGAAGGAAUUGUCCGUAGAGCUCCGAGACAGGAUUGUGUCGAGGCACAGAUCUGGGGAAGGGUGCUAAAUAAUUUCUGCAGAAUUGAAGGUCCCCAAGAACACAGUGGCCUCCAUCAUUCUUAAAUGGAAGACAUUUGGAACCACCAAGACUCUUCCUGGAGCCUGCCACCCGGCCAAACUGAGCAAUCAGGGGAGAAGGGAUUUGGAGAACCUUCCAGAAGGACAACCAUCUCUGCAGCACUCCACCAAUCAGGCCUUUAUGGUAGAGUGGCCAGACGGAAGCCACCCCUCAGUAAAAGGCAAAUGACAGCCCGCUUGGAGUUUACCAAAAGGCACCUAAAGAACUCUCAGACCAUGAGAAACAAGAUUCUCUGUUCUGAUGAAACCAAGAUUGAACUCUUUGGCCUGAAUGCCAAGCGUCACGUCUGGAGGAAACCUGGCACCCUCCCUACAGUGAAGCAUGGUGGUGGCAGCAUCAUGCUGUGGGGAUGUUUUUCAGCGGCAGGGACUGGGAGACUAGUCAGGAUCGAGGCAAAGAUGAACAGAGCAAAGGACAGAGAGACCCUUGAUGAAAACCUGCUCCAGAGCGCUCAGGACCUCAGACUGGGGUGAAGGUUCACCUUCCAACAGGAGUGGCUUGAGUCCCUGAGUGGCCCAGCCAGAGCCCGGACUUGAACCCAAUCGAACAUCUCUGGAGAGACCUGAAAAUAGCUGUGCAGCGACGCUCCCCAUCCAACCUGACAGAGCUUGAGAGGAUCUGCAGAGAAGAAGGGAGAAACUCCCCAAAUACAGGUGUGCCAAGCUUGUAGCGUCAUAUCCAAGAAGACUCGAGGCUGUAAUGUCUGCCAAAGGUCCUUCAACAAAGUACUGAGUAAAGGGUCUGAAUACUUAUGUAAAUGCUAUAUUUAAAAAAAAAAUUAAAUUAUAAAUGUGUAAAAAUGCCUAAAUACCUGUUUUUGCUUUGUCAUUAUGGGGUAUCGUGUGUAGAUUGAUGAGGGGAAAAAACAAUUUAAUGCAUUUUAGAAUAAGGCUGUAAUGUUAGAAAAUGAGAAAGUCAAGGGGUCUGAAUACUUUCCGAAUGCGCUGUACGUUAGUCUGAAACUGCCAUCAUUGAAGUCGUUUGUAGUGAGGAGGGACAUGAGGGGCGUUGUACAAAACAAAGUCAUCAGCGAUUGGAUCGUCUCUAACCAAUUGGAGUAUCAAAGCCAAUGACUAAUUUUCAAACCGCAGCUUUACCCACUUGUGUUCUGGCUCUGGCCCAACCCAAUCAGAAGGUCCCGAAAAUGUUCGGAUUCGGUGAAGGGUCAGGGAGGUACUGAGAUCCAGACUCAGUGUGGAGAUGAAACUAACAUCGUGGCGUGGUGUAGCAUUUGGCCGGAGCAAGGAGUCUGGGUAGCCAGACAAAGUCUCUCCCAGAUCCUAGACUCUCAUUAAGGCGACCAGCGUGCUACCUACCUAGUUACGUACCCCCAAGAUCCAGGCUGUAUCACAACCGGCCGUGAUUGGGACUCCCAUAGGGCGGCGCACAAUUGGCCCAGCAUCAUCCGGGUUUGGCCGAUGUAGGCCGUCAUUGUAAAUAAGAAUUUGUUCUUAACUGACUUGCCUAGUUAAAUAAAGGUAAAAUAAAUAAAUAAAUAAAAUAAAAAUAAAAGAUCAACCUAAAGAAAUGGAGCAGUCUUCUGCGACAAACAUGGUCUGAAAACAGGAGUAAGACUUAAUAUUUUGGGGGUAGGGGAGAUUAAACAAAGAGUAUGCUGAAGGAUUGUUGGAUUAAUAUACCUUAGCUCCCGUUCCGAAAUGAAAUUCAUGGACAAAGCAUCAUAACAAAAGGUGGAUAUUGGACACAGAUAAACAUUAUUCCAAAUGUGGCGGUGCAUAGGAAAUGAGAGACUCAGAGCUUGUCGGAGCUCCUCCAGGGUCUCGCUCUCUGUGUUUGUUAUAAUGCUCGCUAUAAAUAUGUAUUGGGGGAGCGGGAAAAUUACGCUGAUUGUAAUCUGAUGGCGCUCCUUUGUCGAGAUUAUGAGAUACCAAAAUACCUCCAGUUGCAGACGCUAAAUUAGAAGUUCCACCCACUCAUAUCGGCAGAAUAAGUCACUCCGGAGUGGCAGGGCUGUUUAAUAAGGGGUUGGAAACAAAGUUCUCUAGAGGGAAAAUGUCUCUUUAAUUUUCAGAAAGGUAAAUAUUCAGGUGGUCUGCUCAGCUGCCAGUAGAAGAGCAUGCUGAAGCAUAGCAAUUGAGAUUGUAUUGUGAAUGCAAAGCGUCCUUCAAUUGGCCCUUCAGAAAAUUAAUGCAACUUGUUUGUACAGCCAGCCAGCUGUGACUGCCCGUGAAUCCUUAGUCAGGGCUGUCAAGUAGUUCUUCAGCCUAGAGUUACCCAUCCACGGCACCUUUUCCAUUUGCACUCGAAUAGGCUGACACUCUGAUGUAAAAAGGUGGCAUGUGGCAAUUUUGUACUUAAACUGCUAUGGACUUUGCUUUCAUUGUUGUGUUACACAUGGUAGAAACUCUACUUCCCUGGCCUUCUUUAAUGCACCAAAGUGAAUUCAAUCAGUUGGAUCUUCAACCAACGUUGAAGGGUUCACAUGAUGUAGGCUAGUCGUGACAGUAAAGUCAAGUGUUCCUGUAUAACCCAUACAGAAUCCUGCAAUAUACACACAAACCCUAAUAUCCCUCUGUCUUCUCCCUCCCUGCAGCCCUGAAGGACCCAUGCAGCGAGAUGACCUGCAGCUACGGCAGCACCUGUAUCCAGUCAUCGGACGGCCUGUCGGCCAAGUGCAUGUGCCCGCUGAGCUGCGACGGCAAGCCCGAGCAGGUGAUGUGUGGCAGCGAUGGCCAGGACUACCGCAACGAGUGUGAGCUCCACAAGCAGGCCUGCCAUACCAAGAAGAACGUCCGCCUUCAGCGCCAGGGUUCCUGCAGUGAGUCCCCUCAUAUACUUUUCCUCUGCCCUCUCUCUCUUUCUCUCUUUCUUUCUUUCUUUCUUUCUUUCUUUCUUUCUUUCUUUCUUUCUUUCUUUCUUUCUUUCUUUCUUUCUUUCUUUCUUUCUUUCUUUCUUUCUUUCUUUCUUUCUUUCUUUCUUUCUUUCUUUCUUUCUUUUUUUCUUUCACUCUCUCUCCUCUCUCUCGCUCUCUCUCUUCACCUCCCUCUGGGGUUUCAGUGUCUUCUUUCUCUCUGACAUCAUGUUACUGGUUUUCUCAUUCUGUUACUUGUUUUCUUUAUGCAAACUCUUCCUGUGGUGUGGAUUAUUCACUGUUGACAAACAAAGACAUUUGUUUUUAGAGCUGGCCAGUUCAAGAUGGUUGUUUGUCUGUGCCCCCCCCCCCCCCCCCCCCCUCCAGUUGUUUGUUUUAGUUGUUUUAUCCUGAGGACUAUGAGGUAAGGGAGAGAGGGAAAGAGCCAAACAGAGCGUGCCAGACAAAAUAGCCUCCAAAAAGUGAUGGCAGCCUGAGAGGCUACAAAAGCGAAGGGAGACGAAUACUCAGGCCUCGAGAGGAUGCCUGUAAUAUAUCAUGCCCGGUAAGACCAGGCUCCAUGUCGCCAUACCCCCAGGGGGAGGCUGGGUUCUCAGGAGAGCUGGUCCGGCGGACCCUAAAUCUUCCUGAGUGAUUCUGUCCAAGCCUUGGCUGUCUCAACUGGCUCGCUUCUGAAGCUAAGUAGGGUCGGUCCUGGUCGGUCCCUGGAUGGGAGACCAGAUGCUGCUGAAAGUGGUGUUGGAGGUCCAUUAGAGGGCACUCUUCCCUCUGGUCUAAGGAGAUCCCAAUGCUGCAGGGCAGUGAAGGGGACAUUGCCCUGCAUAGGGUGCCGUCUUUCAGAAAGGACGUUAAAAUAGGUGUCCUGACUCUGUGGUCACUAUAGAUCCCAUGGAUCUUAUCGUAAGAGUAGGGGUGUUAAGCCGGUGUCCUGGCUAAAUUCCCAAUCUGGCCCUCAUACCAUCAUGGUCACUGGCCACCCCUCAGAGCCUGGUUCCUCUCUAGGUUUCUUCCUAGGUUUCUGCCUUUCUAGGGAGUUUUUCCUAGCCACCGUGCUUCUACAUCUGCAUUGCUUGCUGUUUGGGGUUUUAGGCUGGGUUUCUGUAUAGCAGUUUGUGACAUCUGCUGAUGUAAAAAGGGCUUUAUAAAGACAUUUGAUUGAUUGAUUGAUUGAUCUCCAGCUUCCAAUUGUCUCAUUCAUCCCCUCCCCCCCCCCCCCCCCUGUAACUCUUCCCCAGGUCAUUGCUGUAAAAUAUAAUAUGUUUUCAGUCAUUUUACCUGAUAAAAUAAGGGUCAAUAAAUAAAUAAAAUAUACAGCUGGGGCUAGGCUAGCCAGAGCCUUUGCUGUCUGUCUGUAUGUCUAAUACCUCAUCGGGGGGGCUCAACUGCGAAGGGCAGGAAUCCUGGAAGCCGGUCUGGUGUCUUAAUGGGAGGUAAUGUCUUUUGCAAAGGGGAUAAUGGCUGGGCUUGUGUGGCAUCAUUGCAUUGCUGGCUUUGGGCGCUUUUUGCAUUACGAUAAAACCCCCAAAUUGGUUGCGGUCCCGCGUUUUAUAUCCUCCUGUGUGAGCGAUUCCAUUGUGCUAAUAUACACAAUCCCUGACCUUGGUGAUGGCGUUGCUGGCGUUGGCCCUGUUGUUGUCUCGCCUGCCCAGCCCGGGCCAUCAUUGUCCCUUUUAUGUGUUCCGUUGUCGCCGUUUGUUUUCCGAGCCAUGGCCUUGGAAACCAUUUCUCCCCUCUUUUUCUCCCUUUCUCUCUCGGACCCUUUCUUCUAUACCCAUUGGUCUCAUCCUCCUCUGUGGUGUUUUGAAUGACUCGCUCGCAGCCUGGCAGUGUUUUAAUGCAGCGGUACAUAAAUCCUCUGUGUCCCCUCGCGCUGAAGAAGAGAAGUGGAAAGAGAUGGGACGAAGCUGCAGCAGCUAGCGGCUCCUAUUUCAAUAAGCUUCUCCCCAGUUCCUUUAUGAUUACAGCUGAUAUGGCCACCAGCGCCAGCCGUCAGCCUGGCUUCCCCCAGAGAGGAGUGCAACGAGGCCCAAUCAAAAAUAACCUAUUUGGAGCCUGUCGUCCACUCAGAUCCAUGGGCUUCCCGGCUUUUCACUCAGCCUCUCCAGGGCAACCUUUGUUGAUAGCAGGCCUAUCUCUGGCAUAUCCCUGGUGAUGGAUAACCGUGUCCUACCACUAACCUCUCUCGCUCUCUUUCUCUCUCAUUCUCUCUCAUUCUCUUUCCCUCCCUCUCUUUCUUUCUCUCUAUCUCUCUCUAUCUCCCUUGCCUGUCCAUAGACCCAUGCAAAGACCGCGAGAACAACCUGAACGUUGCAUGCCGGGUGGAACCGCGCACCCACCAGCCCCUGACUUUCCCCCUCCCGGAGUCCUGCCCACCCGUCAAUGAGCCACUGUGCGCCAGCGAUGGGCAGACCUACGAGAGCGAGUGCCAUAUGACGCGGACGGGCAUGCAGAAGGGUAUUGAACUCAAGAAGAUCCACCCGGGCCGCUGCAAGAAACAAGGUGAGUCGGUAUAUUUACGCACGCACGCACACACACACACACACACACACACACACACACACACACACACACACACACACACACCACUGCCUUGACGGAUAGAUAACUAACCAUGUUCUGUCAGGGCUGUGUUGUUACAUGCAUGAUACCAGACGGCUGGCUUGAUAAGAGCUCGCAAAGGGUUAUCUGGGCUAUUAAAACAGAGGUCUUAGGCCACACCAAGUCUGCACUGCCAGGUUUACUGCACUGCCAGGUUUACUGCACUGCCAGAUUUACUGCACUGUUGCAUGAAAAGGGCUUCAAUAGGCCUCCACCACCACUGUAUCUGUAGCUUUUCCCCUCUCACCUCAUCUUCACACAUCUACGAAUCCCCGUAGAGUUAAAGACAGAGGCUCAUGGUGUGAUGCAUUCUAUUACAGACUCUCUUUCUGCCCUGCAACACACUGACUUAGCUGUUGUUAGCAAUAUUUUGUGGUCAAGCUUGAGUAGGACUUCAAUGUCUCAGGAGGAGCGAUAGCACUGUGUAUGCUUGUGAGUUGAGUUAGUCUGGAUCGAGUGAAAAGGAACCUAUUCUCUAUCUGCCUUUUACUGAAGUAAAAUGGAUGGGCGUAGUAAUAUGUUUUUUUUUUUACGGUUUUGAAAUGGAGAUAAUAUUUUCAUUUGAAAUGCAGAUCCAUGAAAUCAGGUUCUUUAUUGCGUUCAGUCGUGAACGGUGGUUUGUCUUGUACCAUGACAUCAUACAAUACAUCCCUCUAAUGUUCGACACCCAGAUAAGGCAGCUCCGUAAUGAAGUUGCAGUAUAGCAUGACCGCUUUACAAGAAAGAGAAAGAGAGGAAUUGCUCCGAAUUGAAUUACUGUACAAAUUUGAUCCACUGAUCGGGAACGUAAUUAAUUUUAAGCUCUGAAUGUGCCUUGACCUAGAGAGAACGUUUUGUAGAUGAUUGCCUCGAUUUGUCAGCAGAUUUGCUGCGUUAGCCUUAUUUUCAGUCACGUCAAGUCACGUUUUAUUUAAAAAACAUUAUCACAACAUCUCAACACACUUUACAGAGGAACAUUACAAAUUCUAAACAAGAACAAGAAACAAGAACAAUAACUAAAAUGUUCCUCAUUCGUUUUGCAGAGGAGUGCAAGGAGGAGUGCAAGUUCAACGGUGUGUGCCAGGUGGAGCGUCUGGGCGUGCGCUGCUCCUGCCAGCCCAUCCAGUGCGACGGCACCUACAAGCCGUUGUGCGGCAAGGACGGCCGCACCUACAUCAACGACUGCGAGCGCCGGCGGGCCGAGUGCCAUGCCAAGGCCCAUAUUCCUGUCAAGCAGCAAGGCCCGUGUGGUGAGUCAGGACCCCUAGGAGGGGAAAAGGGUAUUAGACUUUGGUCCUCUCUCUCUCUCCCUCUCUCCCUCUCUCCCUCUCUCCCUCUGGUUGACUCCUCCUCUCACAGUGUUUUUGAAACGUCCUCCUGUCCUGUGUAAGUACUGUGUGUGUGAUUGUUUUCUGUCUGUCUCUUGACUUGUCAGUAGUCUGUGGUGGGAGGGGAAAAAGCUAACAGACAGGAAUGUACCGUGACCACCACGUUUCCCUUCACCCCCAUCUACCUCAUCCCCGUCACGCUCCGCCAUCACAUGUGACACAUGAAACACAACGGCCUUCAUGUUUCAUUCAUGUCCUCCUACCCUCUGGUAGUGCCAGUGUUCCACUUCAAUGGGUCUCUCUCUCUCUCACUCUCUCUAUGCACAACACACACAACGUUUUGUCGCUCGCCUGUCUUUGUCUCUGUCUGUCUCUUUUUUGUCUGUGUGGCUUCCUUUUUAAACAGGUAUUCUUUCUGUUUCAGUGCGUCUCAGUCUGUCUGUCUUUGUCCGUGUGAUGUCUGCCGCUGUUCGGGACACACCGCUCGCUGCAGCACAACCUUUGACCCCUCUGGUGGACACUGACCACUUGGGAGGGGUCAGAGACUCUCCUCCAAUUGGACUAUUGGUGGUGGGAUGGUUGUCUUGUCUUGUCUUGUCUUGUCUUCUCUCUCUCUCUCUCUCUCUCUCUCUCUCUCUCUCUCUCUCUCUCUCUCUCUCUCUCUCUCUCUCUCUCUCUCUCUCUCACACUAUCUACAGUAUCUCUCUGAAACUGAGUAGUAUGUUCUCUCUCCCAACACUCCAAGCUGUCGCUCCUGUCUCUCCUCCUCUGUGCACCCUCCCUGCAGCCCUACUGUGUUUGCGGGGGGAAGAAAGCGUCCGUCCGUGAGGUUGGGGAGCUCUUCUUCCCAGUGCUGUGUUUUGUCUUGUCUUGUGUCAACCCCUUUCCCAUUCCCCAACCACCUUAUCCCUCAACCCUAAAUCUAUAAUGGUACCCUUCUACCCCAGCAUGGCAGACGGCAUGUGGACACUCCUAACCCCUGCACAAUGCCCCACCCCUCCCUUGCCACCCGGGCACUGACAUUAGUCGUGCCAUGCCAGUGCCUACUGACUAGGUCUCUCAACCUCAUAUAAUCUAAGGCAGUGUUUCUUAAUUCUGGUCCUGGGGACCAAUUUUAGUUUUUGCCCUAGCGUUACACACCUGAUCCCACUAAUCAACUCUUCAUCAAACCUUUGAUUAGUGGAAUCAGGUGUUUAGUGCUAGGGCAAAAAAAAAAAAGUGCCCCCCUUUGGGUCCCCAAGACCAGUAUUAAGAAACACUGAUCUAAGGACUUGUAGAUUUAGAAUUAGAGCAGCAGUGGGCAAACAUACCCCUGCGAAGGCCAUCUGGCGUGGGUGCAUGUUUUUGCUCCAGCCAAGCAGUAACACAUACGAUUCAGCACAUCAAAGCAUUGAUCGAUGACUACGAUUAGUCGAUUUUGUAGAGUUGGGUGUGUUACUGUUUGGCCAAAGUAAAAACCUGUACCCACAAUGGCCCUAGCGGAGUACAGAUAGCCUACCCCUGAUGAAGAGUGUCUCUCUUCGAUAGACAAGCUAAACGUUCUGGAGCAAAGUUCUAGCUCCUCUGGUUCUUUUCAGACAGAUAUCUCUAUCUCGUCUCACUCGGGUUGCUUAUCUGAAUACUAAGUUGUAUUCGUUGGAAGCAUCGCUCCACAGUAUCAUGGUGUAACUCAUUAGCAUUGUUUUCUAGUCUGUUUACCCGUCUUUUUGCCACGCAUAAAUUAACAAGCAAAAUGUCCGGGUGGUUAUGUUUUUUUUCUUUUUCAUUAUUUUCGACAAAGUAAACUGUCACAGUCCUUUUCGGCAGGUUUUAGCCAGUGGCGAGUUACAGUGUUUUAUAAUGCGUUUUUAUUGACAUUUGCAUAUUUAGCCAAACAGCUCGCGCGACUAUUUAAUUAAACAUCAAAAGGAGAGGAGCAAGGUGCCCACCGAGGCUGUGUGUUCCUACCUUUGGACACCUGCACACAGUUUGAUGUUUAAUUACUGUGUUUCUUCGUCUUCUCUAUCUCUCCUCCGCCCUCUCUUACUACUCCUCCUCUCCUUAUUCGUAAGCCUUUCUUCCUCUGUGUGUCUGAAUUAGAUAGAGUCCCCAGCACCGUUAGUCUCCUUUCCACUAGACUCUAGGAUACACUGCCCUGACAAAGUCCCCUGGCAGGUGCGUGUGCGUGCGCAAGUGAGUGAGGGUUUGGGUGUGUGUGCAAGCUUGUGUGCAUUGAUUUUGUUUGGUUGUGUGUGUGUGUGCAAAGCUGUUUGAAUGUGACAGUGUGUGUGUCUGUGUGUCUAAGUGGCCUCUUUGUCACGACGUGAUCAAUAGCACAAACGGAGCACAAGUUACAGUUACGGCCCGCGGCACUCUUUCAUCACUGUGACAGUGGCAGCCAUUGUCUCUCACUGUACUACACAAAGAACGUGGUUGUGGCAUCCUAACUGGGCCACCCUUUAGCACAUAACUGCAAUGGCACAUUCUCUAACUGCAAUGGCACAUCACAAACACACCAGCAUUUUAGAGUGACCAAAAGCAGAGGUAUGCACAUACACACACACACACACACACACACACACACACACACACACACACACACACCCUUCAAACUACUGAAGGCCCUGCUGUCUUUUACCAUCAAUAGUCCUCCUAUCCAGCUGCUGUUGUGGCGUUCCUUCUGUGUGCAGUCUUCUCCAUGCACCCCCAUAAGCUUAAGUGGUUCAGUCCUUCAUCGUGUGCCGCCUGGCAUUGGCCAGCCUUUUGUCACUUCCCCAUGGCUCUUAGAGCUUCAACCAAGAGGUGGAUAGGGAGCGAAAAACUUGGAUGAUGGGGUGUCAUGGCUGUCACUACCCCCCACCACCCCCCAGAUGCACACACACACACACACACACAUUUGGUGAGAGGCAGUGCUAGUUUAUAGCUCAAUCAUGCCAUAAUCCGAGGGCUGAAAAUCCUCCAGAUAUGACACCAAACCGCUGGAGCCUGUAAAUCUCAGUCACAUGCGGUGAGUGUGUUGACAACCCCCCUAAUGUGACUGUCGUCCGCCCUUUCACUCACCAUGUCCCUCAAGGGCCACUUGUCCCCUAUGGGGGGGCACAGACUACACUAAUUAUACGGACACCAGUGUUGGCCACGCCGAGAAAGACAAUGCCGCCCUAUUUGAUUAAUAACCUAUAUGGUCUUAUACAGUGGGGAGAACAAGUAUUUGAUACACUGCCGAUUUUGCAGGUUUUCCUACUUACAAAGCAUGUAGAGGUCUGUAAUUUUUAUCAUAGGUACACUUCAACUGUGAGAGACGGAAUCUAAAACAAAAAUCCAGAAAAUCACAUUGUAUGAUUUUUAAGUAAUUAAUUUGCAUUUUAUGGCAUGACAUAAGUAUUUGAUACAUCAGAAAAGCAGAACUUAAUAUUUGGUACAGAAACCUUUGUUUGCAAUUACAGAGAUCAUACGUUUCCUGUAGGUCUUGACCAGGUUUGCACACACUGCAGCAGGGAUUUUGGCCCACUCCUCCAUACAGACCUUCUCCAGAUCCUUCAGGUUUUGGGUCUGUCACUGGGCAAUACGGACUUUCAGCUCCCUCCAAAGAUUUUGUAUUGGGUUCAGGUCUGGAGACUGGCUAGGCCACUCCAGGACCUUGAGAUGCUUCUUACGGAGCCACUCCUUAGUUGCCCUGGCUGUGUGUUUCGGGUCGUUGUCAUGCUGGAAGACCCAGCCACGACCCAUCUUCAAUGCUCUUACUGAGGGAAGGAGGUUGUUGGCCAAGAUCUCACGAUACAUGGCCCCAUCCAUCCUCCCCUCAAUACAGUGCAGUCGUCCUGUCCCCUUUGCAGAAAAGCAUCCCCAAAGAAUGAUGUUUCCACCUCCAUGCUUCACGGUUGGGAUGGUGUUCUUGGGGUUGGACUCGUCGUUCUUCUUCCUCCAAAUACGGCGAGUGGAGUUUAGACCAAAAAGCUCUAAUUUUGUCUCAUCAGACCACAUGACCUUCUCCCAUUCCUCCUUUGGAUCAUCCAGAUGGUCAUUGGCAAACUUCAGACGGGCCUGGACAUGCGCUGGCUUGAGCAGGGGGACCUUGCAUGCGCUGCAGGAUUUUAAUCCAUGACGGCGUAGUGUGUUACUAAUGGUUUUCUUUGAGACUGUGGUCCCAGCUCUCUUCAGGUCAUUGACCAGGUCCUGCCGUGUAGUUCUGGGCUGAUCCCUCACCUUCCUCAUGAUCAUUGAUGCCCCACGAGGUGAGAUCUUGCAUGGAGCCCCAGACCGAGGGUGAUUGACCGUCAUCUUGAACUUCUUCCAUUUUCUAAUAAUUGCGCCAACAGUUGUUGCCUUCCCACCAAGCUGCUUGCCUAUUAUCCUGUAGCCCAUCCCAGCCUUGUGCAGGUCUACAAUUUUAUCCCUGAUGUCUUUACACAGCUCUCUGGUCUUGGCCAUUGUGGAGAGGUUGGAGUCUGUUUGAUUGAGUGUGUGGACAGGUGUCUUUUAUACAGGUAACGAGUUCAAACAAGUGCAGUUAAUACAGGUAAUGAGUGGCGAACAGGAGGGCUUCUUAAAGAAAAACUAACAGGUCUGUGAGAGCUGGAAUUCUUACUGGUUGGUAGGUGAUCAAAUACUUAUGUCAUGCAAUAAAAUGCAAAUUAAUUACUUAAAAAUCAUACAAUGUGAUUUUCUGGAUUUGUGUUUUAGAUUCUGUCUCUCACAGUUGAAGUGUACCUAUGAUAAAAAUUACAGACCUCUACAUGCUUUGUAAGUAGGAAAACCUGCAAAAUCGGCAGUGUAUCAAAUACUUGUUCUCCCCACUGUAUAUGAUUUGUGGGUGUGUAUUUUCAUCCAUAAGCCACAAUCAAGUUUCACAGGAAUGUGUUCGAGGUCAGUCCCUCAUGAGAUGGCCACUUUAUAGGGGGCUAAAUGUGAAUGGUGGUGGAUUGCGAGAGGACAAUUCUUAGCAUUCUUCGGAUGCUCAGAUGAAAAACGAAGUCAAAGUGGCUUAAAAUGCCUCUCGCUUGACCCUGAGAGCUGGAAGAAAGCUUUCACUCCUGCGAGACAUGGACAUAUAAGAUGGUAUAGCGGAUCACAGACAGACAGACAGACAGGCCGGCAGACACACUCUCUCUCACACACACACACACACACACACACACACACACACACACACACACACACACACACACACACACAGUGAAGUACUUAGUUAGAUAGUUAUAUAAAUGGUAUGAAUGCCAUUUAAGAGCGGUGCGAGAUUGGGUCUGUGCGUCUGUGUGUGUGUCUGUGUGUGUGUUUGUGUGUGUGUGCAUGCGUGUGUGUGUGUAUGUGUAUGUGUGCAUGCAUGUGGGUGUGUGUGUGUGUUUGCGUGCGCACGUUCACACACGCACUCUCCCCUUGGAGGUUAACAGAAAAUCACUCAGUCGGAGAGACAUUGUCAUUGACAAAGAGCCUCUGCGAAUGAGGAGAUAUUGGGGAGAAAAACCCCUGAAACGUAUGCCUGGUGACAAGUCUCUCCGGUGAAUAUUUAUAAUUUGCAUGUUUAUUUGAUUAGCAUCUCUGCCGCUGCGCGACGACACCAGUCGCUGGCUAUGAUUAUACUCAUAAACAAUAAUAGGCUGAGUACCCAUUGAACCCAACAAGGACCUCCAGUGAUGUUUGGUAAUGAAUCUAAUUAAUGGAGUUGCUCUGGGAGUUACAGUGCCUUCAGAAAGUAUUCACAACCCUUAACUUUUUCUACAUAUUGUUGUGUUACAAAGUGGGAUUAAAAUUGAUUUAAUUGUCAUUUGUAAAACAUUCAUGAAAAUAAAACAUAUAUCUUCAUUACAUAAGUGUUCAAUCCCCUGAGUCAAUACAUGUUAAUAAUCACCUUUGGCAGUGAUUACAGCUGUGAGUCUUUCUGGGUAAGUCUCUAAGAACUUUCCACACCUGGAUUGUGCAACAUUUGUCCAUUAUUCUUUUCAAAAUGAUUCAAGCUCUGUCAAAUUGGUUGUUGAUCAUUGCUAGACAACCAUUUUCAGGUCUUACCAUAGAUAUUCAAGCCGAUUUAUGUCAAAACUGUAUCUCGGCCACUCAGGAACAUUCAAUGUCUUCUUGGUAAGCAACUCCAGUGUAGAUUUGGCUUUGUGUUUUAGGUUAUUGUCCUGCUGAAAGGUGAAUUCAUCUACUGGUGUCUGGUGGAAAGCAGACUGAACCAGGUUUUCCUCUAGGAUUUUGCCUGUCCUUAGCUCUAUUCCAUUUAUUUUGUUAUCCUGAAAAACUCUCCAGUCCUUAAUGAUUACAAGCGUACCCAUAACAUGAUGCAGCCACCACUGUGCUUGAAAAUAUGGAGUAUGGUACUGAGUAAUAUGUUGUGUUGGAUUUGCCCCAAACAUAACACUUUGUAUUCAGGACAAACAGGCCACAUUUUUUGCAUUAUUAAUUUAGUGCCUUGUUACAAACAGGAUGCAUGUUUUAGAAUAUUUUUAUUCUGUACAGGCUUCCUUCCUUUCACUCUGUCAAUUAAGUUAGUAUUGUGGAGUAACUACAGUGUUGUUGAUCCAUCCUCAGUUUUCACAGCCAUUAAACUCUGUAACUGUUUUAAAGUCACCAUUGGCCUCAUGGUGAAAUCCCUGAGCGGUUUCCUGCCUCUCCGGCAACUGAGUUAGGAAGCACGCCUGUAUCUUUGUGGUGACUGGGUGUAUUGAUACACCAUCCAAAGUGUAAUUAAUAACUACCAAUAGGUGCCCUUCUUUGCGAGGCAUUGAGAAACCUCCCUGGUCUUUGUGGUUUAAUCUGUGUUUGGAAUUCACUGCUCGACUGAGGAACCUUACAGAUAAUUGUAUGUGUGGGGUACAGAGAUGAGGUAGUCAUUCAAAGGUAGCAACUUAUUAUGUGAGUUGUUAAGCAAAUGUUUACUCCUAAACAUAUUUAGGCUUGCCAUAACAAAGAGAUUGAAUACUUAUUGACUCAAGACAUUUCAGCUUUUCAUUUUUUUAUUAAUUUGUAAAAAUUUAGAAAAACAUAAUUCCACUUUGACACUAUGGGGUAUUGUGUGUAGGCCAGUGACAUAAAAUUCAGGCUGUAACACAACAAAAUGUGGAAAAAUACUUUCUGAUGGCACUGUAGGUUGACGGUGAAGUGGUGUUAAGGAUUAUAGCGGCCAAUAGCGAUUGUGUGUGGUGGUGGUGUGUGAUUGUGUGUGUGUCAGUGGGUGUCGGUGGUGGCAGAAUUGCUGCAGUCAUCAGACCUUAUGGGUACAGCAGGGUCCUCCUAUGGCGAUCCACCCCUUACCCCGUCUGUUGCACCCCUCCUUGCUUCCUCCCUUCCUCUUCCUCUCCUACAGUGUAUGUGUUGUGUGCUGCUGGUCAGUGCACCCGGACCAGGCCCACCAUGCCAAUGAUGCCAUCUGCUGUUUGGUGGUCUGUCUUUCCUUUCCCUCUCCUUCUUCUCUCCUCUGUUCUCUCUGUUCUCUGUAAGUAUACACGUCAUGAGAUGGAGGAGCUCAUCUUUGUCAUUUUUCCCUCGCUGUUGUCUUUCUCUGUCCCCCCCCCCCCCCCCGCUCUCUCCCUCUGUUUGCUGUAUUUCACUUAAUCUGUGUUCCCUAUGUCGUCCGGUAGAAGAGAAAGAAAUGUGUUUGGGGUUUUACAUGCCAAGUGGAGGACUUAGGCGUUUGGUUUUGUCCCCUUGCAGCCAUUACUCUGUGAUAAGUGCUCCGAAGCAGGGAAACACGGCUCGCGGGCCUUCGGUUUACCAUAUGCUAAUAUUGACACUUUUCUCUCCCAUUCCUGCCAACUAUGUUUCUACCCAGUGGGCAGCGCCGGCAGCCACUUCUCCCUCAACCAAUUGGCUACCUAGAGCCCAGGGAUGGGUUUUCUUAGAUUCUUAUAGUGACAUUGGGAGUAAUCCGGAAUUGGAACAGGGAAGAUUCCAAUCUACAUAUGCAUGAGUAGGGAGAAGCUCGACCGCAUAAGAUAAUCUCCCUGCAUUUACAUCCAUAUGUACAGGCUUAAACCGCAAACAUUACCCACGCAAACACGGCUAAGAACAUGACACUCCAUCUCUCCAGGCUUAUAUACAAACCGCCUGCCGAGUGUGUUCAGCUCAACAAGGCUUUGACUGAGGUAAUACUCAGGUCGACUCCGAGAAAUCCCAUAUUUGCUUGUCAGAUAAGGCCUUUAAAUCUUGACUAAUGUGGCAGUUUAGUGAGAGACAGGGAAGAGGCAACGUCCCUCUUGGGAUUGGGAAGACGGGUAGCAAAACGUUUGUCAGUGGGGGGCGUUACGCCUCUUGGUGGGGAGACAGGUAGCAGAACGCUUGUCAGUGGGUGGGCAUGUGGCGGUUAUGGUUCUUUUAGCAUUCCGCGGUGGCAUUGCAGCACCCCAGUAGCCCACUUCAUCUGACAGGGACUUCUAAUCACCCUGGUUUUAAAGGGCAAUUCUGCCACUUUUCAACCUCAUUCAUCAUAUCCAGCACCAACCAGUGUCUACAUACUGUAUGUGAAAACAGCGCAUUAUUAUGAUCUUUAGUCAAAAAGAUAUGAAGAAAGGUCCUAAAAAAAUGCUUCUCUGUGACAUCACAGGGUAGGAUGAAAAGUAAAAAACAAUGAUUUUCAAAACAUGCAACAGGUUUCUAGUCCAAAGGAGGGUAUUUUCUUGCUCCCCGUGUCACUGUGAAUCUCAUAGUUUUUGAAAAUGACUGUUUUUAAAAUGUUUUAACUUUUUAACUUUAUAUUUUUUUCUACAAAACUUAGAAAUGUGCUUUUUUCACAUACACUUAGUGUACGAAACAUUAGGAACCCCUGCUCUUUCCAUGACAUAGACUGACCAGGUGAAUCCAGGUGAAAGCUAUGAUCCCUUAUUGAUGUCAUCUGUUAAAUCCACUUCAAUCAGUGUAGAUGAAGGGGAGGAGACAGGUUAAAGAAGGAUUUUGAAACCUUGAGACAAUUGAGACAUGGAUUGUGUGUGUGCCAUUCAGAAGGUGAAUGGGCAAGACAAAAUAUUUACUGUAAGUGCCUUUGAACGGGGUAAGUUAGUAGGUGCCAGGCGCACCGGUUUGAGUGUGUCAAGAACUGCAACGCUGCUGGGUUUUUCACGCUCAACAGUUUCCCAUGUGUAUCAAGAAUGGUCCACCACCCAAAGGACAUCCAGCCAACUUGACACAACUGUGGGAAGCAUUGGAGUCAACAUGGACCAGCAUCCCUGUGGAACGCUUUCGACACCUUGUAGAGUCCAUGCCCCAACGAAUUGAGGCUGUUCUGAGGGCAAAAGGUGGAGCAACUCAAUAUUAGGAAGGUGAACCUAUUGUUUUGUACACUGAGUGUAUAGUAUGUUGACACUGGUAUUGUGCUGGAGAUAAUACAAAUUAGGUUGAAAAGUGGUGGAGUUGCCCUUUAAACUCGGAGCUCGCCACUAUAAAAUAUCAGACUAAUUAAAAACAAAAGGAAAGUAGGGGAGCGGAGGGGGGAGGGAGCCUGGCCUAGGCUGGUGGGAGAAGGGCAGAAAGCGGUGGCGGCAUUCAGACUCCGAAGUCGCCAUGUCUGAGACAGAAACAUUGUCCUUUCUUAGAGAAGCCUCUAGGGACUGGUAUGAGAUGUCUACUCCUAAACAGUUUCUUGACUGCAGCUAGAAGAAUAAUUAUUGAACAGAGGAGAGUUAUUCAUCUCCUCACUCACACAUCCCUUGCCAACAAACCUUUUUUUGUCUCUCACGUCUUUGAUGACGCUUGCGGCACUCUGGAUCCCACACACACACACACACUCUUUCGUCUGAUAAACAGAGUUGUGAUAGGUGAUUUGAAGGAGUCAGGCGCAGGAGGGUAAAUCACAGAAUACAGAGUUUAUUCCGUAGUUCAGAGUUAUGCUGGAUAGCGUCAAAACGUCCAGUGCGCAAAAGAGGCGCACUGGAACAAACAGGCACACAGGGAAAAUAUACCCCGGCAAUACAAAAUACACGUAGCUCAACCGAGCUACUCUCUCCUCACAUUUAACAAUCACCCACAAGGACAAGGGGGGCAGAGGGAACACUUCUACAUGUACUAAUGAGGGGAUAUGAACCAGGUGUGUGUAAUAGACAAGACAAAACAAAUGGAAUGAUGAGAUAUGGAGCGGCAGUGGCUAGAAGGCCGGUGACGACGAACGCCGAAGCCUGCCCGAACAAGGAGAGGAGGCAGUUUUGGAAGAAGUCGUGACAGUACCCCUCCCUUGACGCGCAGCUCCAGCAGCGCACCGACACCGGCCUCGGGGACGGCCAGGAGGACGCGGAGCAGGGCGAGCCGGAUGGCGACGGUGGAAAUCCCGCAACAGGGAGGGAUCAAGGAUAUCCCUCACCGGGACCCAGCACCAUUCCUCCGUACCCCUCCCACUCCAUGAGGUACUGAAGGCCCCCCACCCAACGCCUCGAAUCCAGGAAGGAACGGACGGAGUACGCCGGGGCCCCCUCGAUGUCCAGUCAGCGUUGGCCUUCUGACGACACACGGCGCGUUGGAGGUGGACUUGAGCAGCGUCCCACGUCUCCUCCGUGUGCCGAAACCAGUCAUCCACCGCAGGAGCCUCGGUCUGGCUCUGGUGCCACGGUGCCAGAACCGGUUGGUAACCUAAAACACUUUGGAAUGGCGUUAGGUUAGUGAAGGAGUGACAGAGAGAGUUCUGGGCAUAUUCGGCCCAUGGCAAGAACACCGACCACUCCCCCGGCCGGUCCUGGCAGUAGGACCGCAGGAACCUACCCACAUCCUGAUUUUACCCGUUCCACCUGCCCAUUAGACUCGGGGUGGAAACCAGAGGUCAGGCUGACCGAGAGCCCCAGACGUUCCAUGAACGCCUUCCAGACCUUGGAUGUAAACUGGGGACCCCGGUCAGACACUAUAUCCUCUGGUACCCCGUAGUACCGGAAGAUGUGUGUAAACAGGGCCUCCGCAGUCUGCAUGGCAGUGGGGAGACCGGGCAGAAGAAGGAGGCGGCAGGCCUUGGAAAAGCGGUCCACAACGACCAGGAUGGUGGUGUUACCUUGAGAGAGGGGAAGAUCAGUAAGGAAAUCAAUACUAAGGUGAGACCAUGGUCGUUGUGGAACAGGUAAAGGCUGUAACUUACCCGCUGGGAGGUGCCUAGGUGCCUUACUCUGGGCACACACCGAGCAGGAGGAGACAUACACCCUCACAUCCUUAGCCAAGGUAGGCCACCAGUAAUUUCCGGUCAGGCAGCGCACUGUACGACCGAUACGUGGGUGACCAGAGGAGGGUGAUGUGUGUGCCCAGUAGAUCAGACGGUCACGGACAAGAGCAGGCACGUACUGCAGCCCAGCUGGACACAGGUGGAGAUGGCUCUGUGCGUAACGCCUGCUCUAUAUCCGCGUCCAUCGCCCAUACGACCGGCACCACAAUGCAGGAGGCCGGGAGUAUGGGGGUGGUGUCUCUGGGCCUCUCCUCUGUGUCAUACAGCCGUGACAGUGUGUCUGCCUUCACGUUCUUCGUACCUGGGAUGUAUGAUAGAGUGAAAUCAAACCGGGUGAAGAAUAGGGCCCACCUGGCCUGGCGAGGAUUCAGCCUCCUCGCUGCCCGGAUGUACUCCAGGUUACGGUGGUCCGUCCAGAAGAGGAAAGGGUGUUUCGCCCCUUUGAGCCAGUGCCUCCAUAUGGUCAGGGCUCGGACAACAGCCAACAGCUCCCGAUCACCAACGUCGUAGUUCUGCUCCUACGGGCUGAGCUUCUUGGAGAAGAAGGCACAGGGGCGGAGCUCGGGUGGUGUGCCCGAGCGUUGAGAUAGGACAGCGCCUAUCCCUACCUCGGACGCAUCCACCUCCACUACGAACGUUAGUGAUGGAUCAGGGUGGGCCAGUACCGGGGCUAAGGUGAACAGACACCUCAGGUUACUGAAGGCCCUGUCAGCCUCGGCAGACCAGUGGAGCCGGGACGGCCCACCCAUCAACAGAGAUGUAAUGGGAGCUGCGACCUUGCCAAAGCCCCGGAUAAACCUCCGAUAGUAGUUGGCAAAGCCAAUAAAGCACUGCACCUCCUUAACCGUGGUUGGAGUCGGCCAAUUACACAUGGCUGAAAUGCGAUCUCCCUCCAUCUCCACACCUGAGGUGGUAAUGCGGUAUCCGAGGAAGGAGACGGACUGCUGGAAAAAACAGACACUUUUCUGCCUUGGCAUAAAGGUUAUUUUCCAACAGUCGGGCCAGCACUUUGCGAACCAGGGACACAUGCUCGGCGCGCGUAGUGGAAUACACCAGAAUGUCAUCAAUGUAGACCACUACACCGCGACCAAGCAUGUCCCGAAACACCUCGUUCACAAAGGACUGGAAGACGGAUGGAGCAUUCAUCAAACCGUAGGGCAUCACCAGGUAUUCAUAAUGCCCCGUGGUUGUGCUGAAUGCUGUCUUCCACUCAUCCCCCUCUCGGACACGCACUCCGGAGAUCUAAUUUGGUGAAGAAGCGCGCCCCAUGUAUUGACUCGAUCACUGAAGGAAUGAGGGGGAGAGGAUAACUAAAUCUUAUCGUCUCCUUGUUCGGUGAUCGAUAAUCAAUGCAAGGGCGCAAACCGCCGUCUUUCUUCUUCACUAAAAAGAAACUAGAGGAGGCGGGCGAAGUGGAGGGACGUAUAAACCCCUGGCGCAGGGACUCGGUGACGUAUGUUUCCAUAGCCUUCGUUUCAGCCUGUGACAGGGGAUACACAUGACUCCUGGGAGGCACAGCGUCUACCCGGAGGUUUAUCAUGGAAUCCCCCGCCUGAUGAGGUGGUAACUUGGUCGCCUGCGUUUUGGAAAACGCGUGCACCAAAUCGAGGUAUUCGGGGGGAAUGUACACGGUGGAGGUACUGUCUGGAUUUCCACCAUGGUUGCACCAACGGAAUCACCGAGACACCUACCCUGACACUCUCGCGACCACCCCGUGAGAACCCUCUGCGGCCAAGAGAAGGUAGGGUUGUGGAGUGCUAACCAGGCUAGCUCCCUUCAGACGUACUCCCGCAGAUGGCACCGGAAGUGGUCGAUGAGGGCCCACUCAUUCCACCCGGACCCAGCUGCUAGAGUCCGGAACUCCAGGGCGAAGUCCUGCGCAGUCCUCGUCCCCUGCCUCAGGUGGAUCAGCCGCUCACCCGCCUCUCGACCCUCGGGCGGGUGAUCGAAGACAGCCCUAAAGAGGUGAGCGAACUCCCCGUAGUUGUACAACGCGGCUCCUCCUUCGUUCCAGAACGCGUUGGCCCACUCCAGGGCUUUCCCCGAGAGGCAGGAGACGAGGGCGGACACCUUCUCUCGCUCCGAUGGCCGGGCUGAUGCUGGAAUAAUAUAGCUCUAGUUGGAGGAGGAAUCCCUGGCAGAGAGCGGCUGUCCCGUCGAACUCCCGUGGUCGGGAUAUAUGGAUCCCUCUGGGUGCUGGGGUGUGGAUGGCUGGUUCCGGUCGCCCAGCUGGCUAGCAUCGUUGAAUGCGCCGUGCCAUGACUCCAGGCAUGCGCUCCUCUCCCGCUGACUCCAUAGCGGGUGGGUGAUUAUGUGAUAGGUGAUUUGAAGGAGUCAGGCGCAGGAGGGUAAAUCACAGAAUACAGAGUUUAUUCUGUAGUACAGAGUUACGCUGGAUAACGUCAAACAGUCCAGUGCGCAAAACAGGCGCACUGGAACAAAACAGGCACACAGGGAAAAUAUACCCCGGCAAUACAAAAUACACAUAGCUCAACCGAGCUACUCUCUCCUCACAUAAACAAUCACCCACAAGGACAAGGGGGGCAGAGGGAACACUUAUACAUGUACUAAUGAGGGGAUAUGAACCAGGUGUGUGUAAUAGACAAGACAAAACAAAUGGAAUGAUGAGAUAUGGAGCGGCAGUGGCUAGAAGGCCGGUGACGACGAACACUGAAGCCUGCCCGAACAAGGAGAGGAGGCAGCUUCGGAGGAAGUUGUGACAAGAGGGGACAUUACAUGUUGUGUGUGUGUGUGUGUGUGUGUGUGUGUGUGUGUGUGUGUGUGUGUGUGUGUGUGUGUGUGUGUGUGUGUGUGUGUGUGUGUGUGUGUGUGUGUGUGUGUGUGUGUGUGUGUGUGUGUGUGUGUGUGUGUAUGAGACUGCCUGCUGUAGCCUGGCUUCCAGUAUAUGUCCAUCUCUACUGAGGCAUAUGUCUGUCUGUCUGUCUGUGUGCUGCGGAAGCUCCAGUCCUUGAACAGCACAGCCACUGCUACCAUCUCUACCCAGACCUCUGGGAUGACAAUCUGCUGUUUCAAAGUCUCCCUCACUGCUUUUGAGGGAGAAAAUACUCUUUCAGUUCCCUGAGAUUUAUUUUCAGACUGAGAGAAUAUGCAAAUCUUCUCAAUUACCAAAGCCGGGUAUAAGGGCUGUUGUAGGUUUCUCAAAGUCUCUCAUCGUACGCUCACACUCUCUCUCCACGCUUAGAUGAUUUCUCAGAGAACUUGGGGAGUUUCGCCAUCCCCCCUUCUCUUUUUUGAUUGAAUAAUUCUGAGAGAAAAACAUUGCCUCCAGAAGGAGUGGGGGAAUGAGAAUGAAAGAAUAAAGAGAGGUAUUUGUUUGGGAUUAUUUUCAUUUAAUUUUUUGGGGUAGAAACAAAGAAAACUAGGGACUAAAGGGUUGUCGGAGGCUGCAGUUGCAUUUAAGGGAGCUGGGCCUUGGGAAAUGGGUUGUGAACCAUUCUGAAGGCCACGAGUGUGUGUGUGCCGUUCACCCUCUGUAUCCAGCGCUACACACACACACAGGCACACACACACACACACACACACAGUGUAGAAAAAAGAUCAGGCAGAAUACAGUUUUUUGAAGCCCGGCUAAAUUAGGCACAGUUCCCCCACAUACAUAUUUACAUGCCAUUUCUGAGCUCUUUCAAACUGCUGGCUUUCCUACAACACAGAAAUCAAUAGCAGUGUUACACUACUUAAGCCGCAACGUUCCCAUUAGAAAAAGUGAGCGCCUUGUCUCCUUGCUCAUCCUUGCUCAGGAUCCGUAAAGAUUUGUUCAAUUACGGUCGCCGAUGGACACUAGAUGUAGCCUGGCUCCUCCUCCACACCAGUAUCGGCCUUAUCUCAUUGUUUCUUCUGCUGCUCUCUUUUUGUAAAGAAGUAUAGAACAUAGGUGAGGUUUUUUAUAGCGCUGAAUCAUCCUGUGGAGAGACACUAUCGCACAGACGAUGGCCUAACAGCCCAAACGUUUGUUCUGCACUCGUUGAAAUGAAUAAAUAAUACGCACCCUCUACACUGCAGCCUAACUACUACCCCCUAACACAGACAUCAUGGUGCGCCGGAAAGCAUACAGUGUCCAUCUUGACACUUAUGAAUGUGUUUUCCACAACAAUCCUGUGAUUUUAGACGCUAGCUAUCAAACUGCUACAUCAGGCCUCUUCCAGGGUUCCAAGAUGACGUCACUCCUAUCUGUUCCCCUCCUCUCUCACCUGGUAUUCUGUGAGACAGAUAGAGCCACAGUGGUAAAUUACCUUCUGCUAUAUGUUGAUGAUUUUACCCAGAGCGCCAGGAUGAGGCUCAGGGGGGAAUAUUAAGAGUAUUAAACACACUCGUGCGUUCGGAAACUAAUCGGCGGCAGCUUCUUAAACAGCGCCCGGCGAGAUGCUAGUCUAAUCACAUAAUAAUCAGUGUAAUGACUGCACCCUUGGUUGACAUGGGGAGAGGAGGGGACACAGGAGGGGUUGUAGGAGGGGGGUAGCCUGGGUUCAGUAUUGUAACCCUAUUCCCACCACCAACCACCACCCCUGACAUACCCGAGUUCCGCUCCAAUCUUUUCCCUGUCUACAAUCUCUCUCGCUGGGAAGCCAGGGAUCAAAUGCAUCCUCACAUUCUCUUCCCUCUGCAUUUUAAUCUGUCUCCCAAACGGCAGACACGCUGUGUUUAGCGCCACUGCACUACUCCCCCACGCGCCAGACAUGCCAAUGAGCCUCCUUCGCAUGGCUUUGCCGCCCCCUGCAUAAUUCUCCUGCCCGCUUGGCUUGACGAGGAUGUACUGUAUGCCACAGUCUUCCGAGACCUUGGGGUUUCAACUGUCAAUCCGUUCCACUCACCCACCCAACCCAUCCCCAACUCAAUCCACCCCCUUACAAUACGGCUAACAUACGCCUAACCUUGGAGACAAUACUGAUGAAGGCUUGAUCGGGGGGAAUGAAGGAAAAUAAAUGCUAUGAUGAUGAAACAGUAUCAUUCCGUGGAUCACAUUGUCGUCUUUACGCGUUUCUUUCCCGUUUUUUUCAGUUUCUGACCCACUUGCUAAAUGGCCUGGCAGUGGCACAACCGGCGCCACAUGGAACGCCAUCCCACUACUCCCCUCAGAAGCCCUGGCAGUCUCUUCUCUAACCAGGCCUCCAAUUUAAUGAAGUUACAGUGUAGUGGGGCGGCCGGAGAAGAGAGCGGCUUCUCUGAUGUUCUCCCACUUCUUCAUAUCUGUCUCUGCCCAGGAGCUGGGCUUUGAAUUAUUAAGCAGAGUGCUGCUCUUUUUCUUGUCCUCUGUUUCUUUUCUUCCCUCCCUCUCUUCUCUAUCCACAUAGCGAGAGCUCUCUUCAUCAUCUUUUUCUCUCUCUCUCUCUCUCUCUCUCUCUCUCUCUCUCUCUCUCUCUCUCUCUCUCUCUCUCUCUCUCUCUCUCUCUCUCUCUCUCUCUCUCUCUCUCUCUCUCUCUCUCUCUCUCUCUCUCUCUCUCUCUCUCUCUCUGAGGCUCUCGGUGAGAUGCAAAUGGCUGCGUUUGAAGAACGCCAUGCUGAGAAACAUCAAUUAAUCAGCACCUGUUUACUUCCCUAUAAAUACAAAAAUAUGUUAUUCUCUACCAUUCCUCGCCAGUUUCCUAUCCAUGACACAAGGUCAAGGUUUUUACUCAUAGAACUUAGGGUGUGGGUCUCUGAUUGGCUCAUCCAUAGUGGUCAGACACCUCUGAUUGGCUCAUACAGAGGAGCAGACACCUCUGAUUGGCUCAUACAGAGGGAUCAGACACUUAGGGCCAAUAAAAUUACCAAAAAAAAAAUAUUACCAGGAGGGAGUUGAGUCAGCUACAUGUUUUAGACUUGUCCAUAGGGUUGUAAAGGUACAAAAGAGGAGGGGGGGGGGGGACAAUUAGCAGUGCAUCCACAUUGACCAGGCAACCCCUUUUUUCAAACCUUCUGAUCCUAAUCCUCCAUCAACCUCUACUCUCUUUUAACCUAUCCCGAGUUCCCUACCCUUCCCUGCCUCAAUACCCCUCCUUCUCCUUCUCCACCUCUCCCUCAUCCCCCUUCAACACUAACCCCUGUCUCCUGUCUCAGAUCUACACACUCCCAGCCCGUGCCUAGGGAAGGCCUGCGAGUUCGGCGCCGUGUGCGUGGUGAAGAACGACGAGCCUGUAUGUGAGUGCGCUGGCGCCUGCCCCCAGACGCCCGACCUGGUGUGCGGUAGUGACGGCCACAGCUACGGCAGCCAGUGUGAGAUGAGGGCCAUGGGCUGCGCACUGCAGAAAGAGAUCCACAUCCAGCACAGAGGACCCUGCGGUGAGUACCGUACUAUACUGCAGUAUACUAUGUAUGUAUACUGUACUAUAUUAUAAAAUAGUACAAUCUAAGCCAGCAGUUUCCCAGACCAUGUGACCUGAGUAGGAAAACAGGAAUAACUCCGGGCCCUAGUUUAUAAGGUUAUGUCACGUGAUCAGGAAACACUCCUAGUCUUAUUUAUAGUAUGAUGUACUAUGGUCAUUUAACUUACCAAGAACAAAUAGUAUAUUUAGUGCAUGUAUGUGGCCCUUGUGUGAAUCAAACCAUUUACCUUUUGGGGUUGCAUGCACCAUGCACCAUACUCCACCUAACCAACCAUCCCAACCAACUCAAGCACAUAUUGUAACUCUACUAUACUCUGAGUAUGUCAUUCCUCUCUCUUCUCUUCCUCCACCCAUAUCCUCAUAUCUUCUCAUCCUCCCCUCUCCUCUCAGACAUUUUACAUUUACAUUUUAGUCAUUUAGCAGACACUCUUAUCCAGAGCGACUUACAGUUAGUGAGUGCAUACAUUCUUUUUUUUCUUUUUUUAUACUGGCCCCCCGUGGGAAUCGAACCCACAACCCUGGCGUUGCAAACGCCAUGCUCUACCAACUGAGCUACAUCCCUGCCGGCCAUUCCCUCCCCUACCCUGGACGACGCUGGGUCAAUUGUGCGCCGCCCCAUGGGUCUCCUGGUCACGGCCGGCUACGACAGAGCCUGGAUUCGAACCAGGAUCUUUAGUGGCACAGCUAGCACUGUGAUGCAGUGCCUUAGACCACUGCGCCACUCGGGAGACCCAUGGGGCGGGAGACCCAUGGGGCGGGAGACCCACGCCACUCUCAGCACUCCUCCAGCCCGGCACAAGCCUGCAGUUUCCCUAUUUUUGACCUUUCUAGUUGAAGAUGCACUCUACUUCCAAUGAGAGGGCGAACGGCCAUGCUCUUCUUUUCUUUUAGUUUUUUCUUUUUUUUAAAUCUUUUUUUUUCUUUCUUUCUUUUUUUUAGGGGGUAGAUCAGCUUUAAUAUUGCAGAUAGAUUGUAACUUCCAUCAAUGUAAUUGUCUGCAUCACUUAUAUAUACAGUGGGGAGAACAAGUAUUUGAUACACUGCCGAUUUUGCAGGUUUUCCUACUUACAAAGCAUGUAGAGGUCUGUAAUUUUAUCAUAGGUACACUUCAACUGUGAGAGACGGAAUCUAAAACAAAAAUCCAGAAAAUCACAUUGUAUGAUUUUUAAAUAAUUAAUUUGCAUUUUAUUGCAUGACAUAAGUAUUUGAUCACCUACCAACCAGUAAGAAUUCCGGCUCUCACAGACCUGUUAGUUUUUCUUUAAGAAGCCCUCCUGUUCUCCACUCAUUACCUGUAUUAACUGCACCUGUUUGAACUCGUUACCUGUAUAAAAGACACCUGUCCACACACUCAAUCAAACAGACUCCAACCUCUCCACAAUGGCCAAGACCAGAGAGCUGUGUAAGGACAUCAGGGAUAAAAUUGUAGACCUGCACAAAGUUGGGAUGGGCUACAGGACAAUAGGCAAGCAGCUUGGUGAGAAGGCAACAACUGUUGGCGCAAUGAUUAGAAAAUGGAAGAAGUUCAAGAUGACGGUCAAUCACCCUCGGUCUGGGGCUCCAUGCAAGAUCUCACCUCGUGGGGCAUCAAUGAUCAUGAGGAAGGUGAGGGAUCAGCCCAGAACUACACGGCAGGACCUGGUCAAUGAACUGAAGAGAGCUGGGACCACAGUCUCAAAGAAAACCAUUAAUAACACACUACGCUGUCAUGGAUUAAAAUCCUGCAGCGCACGCAAGGUCCCCCUUCUCAAGCCGGCGCAUGUCCAGUCCCGUCUGAAGUUUGCCAAUGACCAUCUGGAUGAUCCAGAGGAGGAAUGGGAGGUCAUGUGGUCUGAUGAGACAAAAAUAGAGCUUUUUGGUCUAAACUCCAAUUCGCCGUGUUUGGAGGAAGAAGAAGGAUGAGUACAACCCCAAGAACACCAUCCCAACCGUGAAGCAUGGAGGUGGAAACAUCAUUCUUUGGGGAUGCUUUCCUGCAAAGGGGACAGGACGACUGCACCGUAUUGAGGGGAGGAUGGAUGGGGCCAUGUAUCGCGAGAUCUUGGCCAACAACCUCCUUCCCUCAGUAAGAGCAUUGAAGAUGGGUCGUGGCUGGGUCUUCCAGCAUGACAACGACCCGAAACACACAGCCAGGGCAACUAAGGAGUGGCUCCGUAAGAAGCAUCUCAAGGUCCUGGAGUGGCCUAGCCAGUCUCCAGACCUGAACCCAAUAGAAAAUCUUUGGAGGGAGCUGAAAGUCUGUAUUGCCCAGCGACAGCCCCAAAACCUGAAGGAUUUGGAAAAGGUCUGUAUGGAGGAGUGGGCCAAAAUCCCUGCUGCAGUGUGUGCAAACCUGGUCAAGACCUACAGGAAACGUAUGAUCUCUGUAAUUGCAAACAAAGGUUUCUGUACCAAAUAUUAAGUUCAGCUUUUCUGAUGUAUCAAAUACUUAUGUCAUGCAAUAAAAUGCAAAUUAAUUACCGUACUUAAAAAUCAUACAAUGUGAUUUUCUGGAUUUUUGUUUUAGAUUCCGUCUCUCACAGUUGAAGUGUACCUAUGAUAAAAAUUACAGACCUCUACAUGCUUUGUAAGUAGGAAAACCUGCAAAAUCGGCAGUGUAUCAAAUACUUGUUCUCCCCACUGUAUCACGGCUUUCAGCCAAUCACCAUUCAGGACUCGAACCACCCAGUUUAUAAUUACAUUUUAGUCAUUUAGCAGACGCUCUUAUCCAGAGCGACUUACAGGAGCAAUUAGGGUAAUGUGCCUUGCUUAAGGGCAUAUCGGCAGAUUCUUCACCUAGUCAGCUCGGGGAUUCAAACCAGUGACCAUUGGUUACUGACCCAACGUUCUUAACUGCUAAGCUACCUGCCCUCCAUUUAUCUGGAGUAUUCGUCAAAACAAGAUCAAUCAAGGUUAAGUUUAUGGUUAGGUUUCAAAUCUGACUUUAUGACUUUGUGGCUGUCCCAGCUAGUGACCACUCUGCAGAGCUGCGUCCACAACCAGAUUCAUGAAGAACAACGCUAACCUGCACCCAUUUUCCCAUAGAAGAGUAAUUGAUGAUGACGAUGAUUAACAUUUUCCUUUAACCAACAAUUCAUUUGCUCCUGUGCCUUCCGUUCCGUGUCCUUUCCGUGCUCUUAGACCUCAGCCACAGUUCACGCUUGGUAGUUUUAGUAAGAGUUUGAAUUACAUUUUCUGCUACUGUAAAUGUAGGCUACACCAUAGGCCUGUAUCUGUAUAAUAAAUAACAUGUAUGUACAGUGGGGGAAAAAAGUAUUUAGUCAGCCACCAAUUGUGCAAGUUCUCCCACUUAAAAAGAUGAGAGAGGCCUGUAAUUUUAAUCAUAGGUACACGUCAACUAUGACAGACAAAUUGAGGAAAAAAAAUCCAGAAAAUCACAUUGUAGGAUUUUUUAUGAAUUUAUUUGCAAAUUAUGGUGGAAAAUAAGUAUUUGGUCACCUACAAACAAGCAAGAUUUCUGGCUCUCACAGACCUGUAACUUCUUCUUUAAGAGGCUCCUCUGUCCUCCACUCGUUACCUGUAUUAAUGGCACCUGUUUGAACUUGUUAUCAGUAUGAAAGACACCUGUCCACAACCUCAAACAGUCACACUCCAAACUCCACUAUGGCCAAGACCAAAGAGCUGUCAAAGGACACCAGAAACAAAAUGGUAGACCUGCACCAGGCUGGGAAGACUGAAUCUGCAAUAGGUAAGCAGCUUGGUUUGAAGAAAUCAACUGUGGGAGCAAUUAUUAGGAAAUGGAAGACAUACAAGACCACUGAUAAUCUCCCUCGAUCUGGGGCUCCACGCAAGAUCUCACCCCGUGGGGUCAAAAUGAUCACAAGAACGGUGAGCAAAAAUCCCAGAACCACACGGGGGGACCUAGUGAAUGACCUGCAGAGAGCUGGGACCAAAGUAACAAAGCCUACCAUCAGUAACACACUACGCCGCCAGGGACUCAAAUCCUGCAGUGCAGACGUGUCCCCCUGCUUAAGCCAGUACAUGUCCAGGCCCGUCUGAAGUUUGCUAGAUUGCAUUUGGAUGAUCCAGAAGAGGAUUGGGAGAAUGUCAUAUGGUCAGAUGAAACCAAAAUAGAACUUUUUGGUAAAAACUCAACUCGUCGUGUUUGGAGGACAAAGAAUGCUGAGUUGCAUCCAAAGAACACCAUACCUACUGUGAAGCAUGGGGGUGGAAACAUCAUGCUUUGGGGCUGUUUUUCUGCAAACGGACCAGGACGACUGAUCCGUGUAAAGGAAAGAAUGAAUGGGGCCAUGUAUCGUGAGAUUUUGAGUGAAAACCUCCUUCCAUCAGCAAGGGCAUUGAAGAUGAAACGUGGCUGGGUCUUUCAGCAUGACAAUGAUCCCAAACACACCGCCCGGGCAAUGAAGGAGUGGCUUCGUAAGAAGCAUUUCAAGGUCCUGGAGUGGCCUAGCCAGUCUCCAGAUCUCAACCCCAUAGAAAAUCUUUGGAGGGAGUUGAAAGUCUGUGUUGCCCAGCGACAGCCCCAAAACAUCACUGCUCUAGAGGAGAUCUGCAUGGAGGAAUGGGCCAAAAUACCAGCAAGAGUGUGUGAAAACCUUGUGAAGACUUACAGAAAACGUUUGACCUGUGUCAUUGCCAACAAAGGGUAUAUAACAAAGUAUUGAGAAACGUUUGUUAUUGACCAAAUACUUAUUUUCCACCAUAAUUUGCAAAUAAAUUCAUUAAAAAUCCUACAAUGUGAUUUUCUGGAAUUUUUUUUCUCAUUUUGUCUGUCAUAGUUGACGUGUACCUAUGAUGAAAAUUACAGGCCUCUCUCAUCUUUUUAAGUGGGAGAACUUGCACAAUUGGUGGCUGACUAAAUACUUUUUUUCCCCCACUGUAUCAUGCUUUCUGUAGACUAACUAAGCACAGAGCAGACAUGAAGAAAGGAAAAUACAUAUUUAAAUUAUCUCUUCACCUCUCUUAUCUUAUAGGCUACUUAGCAUAGUUCCAUGUUGCCUGCUAGCCUUUUGGUCCUAAAUGGGUAACAGUUUAUAGAUGUAAUAGAGAUAUACUGAUCUAAUAAUGUAGAGUGAUAGAGAUGCCUGAAGCCAUUUAGCAGCCAGUAUCCCAGACUGCUAAUACCUUAAACACUGUUAGCCAGCCUUACUGUUAGCUGUUGCAUCUGCUACCACCAGCACACAGAGAGAGAUUUGCCUGGCUCAGCUUAGCACCUUUACGCUAGCUCUCGGCUAGCUCUACCCCGUUGCAGGUUUUCUCAACUGGCGGCCCACAGGUGAUUCAAAGUUUUCUGAGCAAAAAAAUGUAAUAUACAGUGCCUUCAGAAAGUAUUCAUACUGCUUGACAUAUUCCACAUUUUGUUGUGUUACAGGCUGAAUUCAAAAUGGAUUAUAUAUUUUACCCAUCUACACACAAUAGCCCAUAAUGACAAAGUGAAAACAUGUUUGUACGAAUUUUUGCAAAUUUAUUGAAACUGAAAUACAGUAAAUAUCUCAUUUACAUAAGUAAUCACACCACCCAGUCAAUACUUUGUAGAAGUACCUUUGGCAGAAAUUACAGCUGUGAGUCUUUCUGGGUAACUCUCUAAGAGCUUUCCACACCUGGAUUGUGCAACAUUUGCAAAUUUGUACUCCUGAACUUAUUUAGACUCAAGAUAGUUCAGCUUUUAAUUUGUAAUUCAUUUGUAAACAUUUCAAAAAACAUAAUUCCACUUUGACUUUAUGGGGUAUUGUGUGUAGGCCAGUAAAAAAAUCUCAAUUUUAUCCAUUUUAAAUUCAGACUGUAACACAACAAAAUGUGGAAAAGUCAAGGGGUGUGUACACUUUCUAAAAGGACUGUAUAUAUUGUUAUAAUAAUUUUUUUGCACAUAAGACUGUAAAAACACCAGCAAAUCAUCUCCAAGUGAUUUAAGUUAAGGAAAAAUCUGUUCCAAAGUAUUCCCACGCAUAACAGAGAGAUAUAUGUGCUCGUAUACAAAUGUAAGCAAGGUUUGAAAUUAUUAUGUUUUAAUCAAAUAUUAUAUCUGUUUGGGCUGCAAUUAUGUUCCGGCCCCCCGACCAUCUGCUCAAGAAAGAAUCGUCCCACAGCUGAAUCUAGUUGAUGAUACCUGUCCUAUUGUUUCAACUGGAGUUUGACGUUUAAUCCAUUGCAGUGUUGUUGGCAGGCUGAUGUGACUCUCCCAAGUUGAAAUCUCUGCGCAUAAAGAUGUAUUCCAAUGGGAAAUGGAGCAAAAGGAAUGUUUGAGCCGGGCGAGCAAACUCAAUUUGGAGAUGGCGUGCGUGCGUGCAGCGUUAGGUAGACAGUUCUCGCUGUGGCGCCGCGGGGGCGUAAUGAAUAGUCUUUAUUUAAAAAGGCGAGGUGGUAGCGGGCAGAGCGAGGUAGCAGGGCCUGCUGUGUGUGUGUGUGUGUGUGGGUGUGUGUGUGUAUUACAGCACUAUGGACAACAGCAAGUCUCCACAGAGGCCAGAGUCAGCGGAACAGGGCAAUAAAAGCGACAGGCAGGCAGCGCUAAGCAAGGCCCGCUGGAGGAAUGAUGAUGGUGAUCUGGGUUGGUUUAUUCUGGGCUGUUUGCACUGCUUUACACAGGCCUCUUCAAACUCAACUGAGUCACCUCACCUCCCUCCAUCUCGACUAUUAUCUGUGUUAAUUAUCCUGGCCCAUUCAUAUCACUGGCAUACUCUGUGGUGUGUGUCUAAAGAGGCUGGGAAGUUUGUGUGUGUUUCUUGUGCAUUUGCAUGUAGAGACAACCGGUGUGUGUGAGUGGGCCCACCGUUCCGCAGGCCUGUGUGCGCUGUCAUAAUUAGAUUUUCUUCCCCUCGGGGGGAUAGAAAAAUGGCGCUAGGGGAAAUUGUUAUCUUUACGGCUCAGGUGUGGUCCCAAUAGUGAGAUGAGUGACAUUUUUUAUUAUUCUGAUGUAUUUUCUCCUCCCAAUGUUUGAGUGGCGGGUGACCUUGUGUGUCUGGCAGGCUGGAAGAAGCAGAGACACACAUGGCUAAUAGACCACAGAAGGAUAUCAAUCGCUCCGUAAGGAACUUCAUAUAUAUUUACCUCAGAAUAGAUGAGACAGGAGACGAAGUCAUUUAGAACAGAAAAAUAACAGUUUUGCACAGGUGCUGCAAAAAGGUAGGGGGCGAGACAGGAGCGGGAAGGUAGGGAGAGAGAGGGAAAGUAAUAAAGGAGGAGAGGAGAGGCGGUGAGGAGGGACGGAGUAAUAGUUAUAGAGCAGGCACGGUGGGGUCGGCUGGGGAGUGUUUUUAUAGUCUGGGACAUUCUCAGAGCCUUUCACUAAACAACCGUCUCUCUUUCUCAUCAUGUUAAAGAACAACUCCUCCCUCCCUCCCUUGUCGUAGCUCCAGUCUCUCUGACUAAUAUUACUCCUCCGAGAGUGUGUGUAGCGCUCUGAGGCCGGAAAGGCUUUUAGCUUUUCUUUUCCCCACCGUCUCUCUCUCUAUCCAUCACUCGGAAUGGCCCUCUCCUCAAGGCCACUUUCUACAACCUCCCCCUUCACCGUCAACUCCCCUCCCCGGUCAGACAAGUCCCCCCACCUUGUUAGCACCUUAGCGCAAGCUGUGCUGGCCCUCCCUGUGUUUACAGCCAGUAAGGGAGCCCAGUUGGAGAAGGCCUUUAUCGGGACACGGGUGCUGAUAAAGGACGACACUCACCGUGAUUUAUAUCGCCCGGGUACGAAACACCGUUAUUGUCACGGUGAUGCAUUCCCCAUCCCUGCCAGCCGCCACCUCGACUACAUAUUUUUUUUUUUAGACCUCCUGCUUUUUUCUUUUAAACAGGCCCCCAGGCUGGGCUGUCCACAAUGGGUGCCUGUGCGGUGCAGGCUGAUUUCCUGGCUUUAUUAAGGUGUAAUAAGGUGUAAUACACAAGUUAAUAACACGGGGGAGGGGAGGAGGAGGUUUCCGCCUGAGUAGCCCACUCUCUCCGUUAGCCAUUAGCGAUAAAUCAGCAGCUGUUAUUACGUAGCCACUAAUUGAAUGUGAUAGCGGCCGUGCGAUGCAAAUGCAAUCCUCCAGGUGUAAUUGGCAAUCGAGGAGAGCUGCCCACCCCUCUCCGCGGGGGGAGUCGCAUCUCCGCUCUGGCUCUGUGAUUCGCGUGGGCUGCCACGAAUCAUUGAUAUCCACAGCAUGUCGGUACUAGGCUAUGCAAGGCAGAGGAAAAAACACUGAAUGGAAAACGUGCAAAUGAUCAGAGUCAACUGAAAAUAGAGGAAUCUUGACAGUAUUCUCAGUCCAGAUCAUCCUACUCAAACUUGCAGCUGUGUGAAGUCUGCACACCAUCUGGGUUUGGGGCCCUCUCAAAAUGACCGGCCUUUUAAAAGGGGUUAGGUAAACACAUGACAUCAUGGUGACGUCACGGCUGUGGAUUUUGCCAAGCCACCCACACAGGCUUCGGAUGAGACAGUUCUAUCUGCCCUCCCUCGCUCUUUUUCUCUGACUCAACUCACUGACACACACACCCACACUCUUUCUCUCCCCCGGUUACCCAUACUGGUCUUAUUUACUACCUCUAAUCCUAACUCUCUCCUACCUGUCUCCCUCCAGACGAGGCGUGUGCCAACUGUUCGUUUGGGGCAAUCUGCGACGGGCAGUCGGGCCGCUGUGUGUGCCCGCAGGAGUGUGUGGAGUCCCACCAACCGGUGUGUGGCAGCGACGGCUCCACCUACGACAGCGAGUGUGAGCUCCACGUGCGAGCCUGUACCGAGCAGCUUGACCUGCGCGUGCUCGCCCAGGGAGAAUGCAGUGAGUAAUGCACCAAGUGUGUGUGUAUGUGUCUACCAACAGUGUGGUUGUACAAAUAGUAUGUCUUACUAAAGUAAUGUCUCAUUAUUGUAUUUUAGCAAGCAUAUUCCUUUUACAUGAUUCCAAUCAAUAGCCGCUGACACACCCUGUGUGUGUGUAUGUGCAAUCGUCCGUUUGUUUGUGUGUGCGCAUUUGCAGAGACGUGCGGUAGCGCCAUGUGUGCCUGGGGGGCCCGCUGCAUCCAGAACAAGUGUGAGUGCCCGCAAUGCCAGGGCCAGGCCUUUUCGCCCGUGUGCGGCAGCGACGGCUUCACUUACGACAACACCUGCGAGCUGGGCGUGGCCUCCUGCGUCCUCAAGAAGAAGAUUGAGGCGGCCAAGCCUGGCAGCUGCGACGAAGGUAGGAAUUAGGAGAUUGCAAAAACGUUUUGUUAAAUACUUUCUUUCCAUUGACUUCUGUAAUUGUCCACUUUGUUUUGGAAACACCCAUUAAAAUCUCUUUGUAUGAUUUUCUUUCCACUGACUUCUCUUAUGAUCCACUUUGUUUUUGUAGCUACUGUUGAUAGCUGGUGGUGUUGAUAGAACCCUACUGGUACUGGUGAAAUCUCCCACCAUUAGGUAAAAGGAAAUUAGUGACCACUACUGAUAGGGCAGAGGAAAUCUAAACCACGAGACACACAGUGCCUUUUUAAACAUGAUUUGCUUCACAAGUGGCAGCCUAAUUUACACAAGUCCUUUGUGGAGCUCCUCUCCUCUCCUACUGGAACAGGACCAGAGUCUCUACUCCUCUGUCUUUGUGACAAUCAGCUCUCUCUCUGGGUAUCUUUGUCACCGUACGGUUGUCAUGCAGACGAUGUCAGCAAUAGUCCCUUGUGGCCAGACGUAGUCACCGUCACCGAGACUAUCGUCAUCGUCUGA